AGCUCUCAGCUAGAAACAGGUGAUGAGUAUUCCAGGGGAGGGAACUGGAAGCAGGCUAUAAUAUAAAAUGAGGAAUGGAUAUUAUAAUAGUCAGAAGAAGACAUCCACAGAGACAAGACAUCAAAAAUGAGCUUUUUUUCCAAGACAGAGGUGGCCAGUGAACUCCCUUUAGUGGCUAAUGAAGAGCCAGAGCUGAGGAUCGUACUGCUCGGGAAGGUCGGAGUUGGAAAGAGUGCUUCAGGAAACACCAUCCUGGGCGGGAAAAAUCUCUUCCGCUCAGAGCCCAGUCUGUCCGCCAUCACAACCAAGUGCCAGAAGCAAACGAGGAAUAUCGGCACACAACAUGUGGUUGUUGUUGAUACUCCGGGUCUGUGUAACGCUGAUAAAACCGACGAGGAGGUGGUGAGAGAGAUCAAGAAAUCCAUCUCACUUGCCGAACCUGGUCCUCACGUGUUCCUGAUCGUGCUGAGGAUGAAGGAUAAAUACACCAGCGAAGAACAGAGAGUGGUGGAAAUCAUUCGCAGCACUUUCGGCAAAAACACGAUGGCUCACGCUAUGGUGUUGUUCACCUACGGAGAUGCCCUGAAAGAUAUUUCCAGGGAUGACUGCAUUCGAUCAAACAGAAAUCUCCACAACCUGAUCGAAGAGUGCGACUGGAGGUGCCAUGUUUUUAACAAAGCAGUGGAGGACGCCGAUCAGGUUGCCGAUCAGGUCCCCGAUCAGGUUGCCGAGCUGCUGCUGAAGAUCAACGAACGGGUUCAGGCAACAGAAAGAAGCAUCUACACCGCGGAGAUGCUCCAAGAGGCUGAAAUAGCCUCCGCGAAGGCACAGACGCUGAAACAUUUCUGAAACUUCCAGUGGACACUGAAACAGCGGCGGAGCCUCGGCAGAACCUCGGCGGAGUCGUGGUGCGGCCGGAUCCUGUGGAUAUCUUCUGCUACUGUUCUCAUUUGAUCUGUUGACAAGGACGAGCUCUGUGUAAAAUAUGAUGUCAUUUUUUAGACAGUGCUUUCAUUGUGUCUGAAUUACUUCAUCUUUUACCAAUAAUAAAGAUGAUCCUC